AUGAGCAAUGAUUAUAAUUAUAUGUUUAAGUACAUUGUAGUUGGUGAUACAAGUAAUUGAAUGAAUAACAAUAUAAAAGAUGUAGGUAAAUCUUGUUUAUUGUUACAAUUCACAGAAAAUAAAUUUAGUGAUCAUACAGAGAGCACAGUUGGUGUUGAAUUUGGUUAUAAAACAAUAAAAUUAAAUGAUUAAUUGAUAAAACUUUAAAUUUGGGAUACUGUAAAUAUAUAAACAAUAAUUAAAUAGGCUGGUUAAGAUUCAUUUAAAUCAAUUACAAGAUCAUAUUAUAGAGGAGCAAUUGGAGGAUUAUUAGUAUUUGAUUUUAGUAGAAGAUCAACAUUUGAAGAUAUAAAAAAAUGGUUAAAAGAGAUUAAAACUUAUUCUUGUGAUAAAAUUUAAUUAGUACUUGUUGGCAAUAAAUCAGAUUUACCAAAUAAAGAUUUAACAAUAUAAGAAGUUUAAGAAUAUGCAUAAUAAGAAAAACUAGAUUUUUAUGAAGCUUCAGCUAAAACUGGUUAAAAUGUCGAUGUUGUCUUUGAAAGUGUGGCUAUUAAAAUUUUAAGAAAAAUCGAAACAAAAUAAAUUAAUUUAGAUGAUUAAGUAACGUUUAGUUUAAUUAUAAUAGAUGUUAGGAAUUAAAGUAAAUUUAAAUGGAAAAAAUAAAAAAAAAAGUAAACUUUAAAAUAAUUAAUCUCCUUAUUAUAAUAUUACUUUAAAUGGGAAAUAAAAUUAAGAAGAGAAAAAUGAUAAAAAAAGCUGUUGUUGA